UGGUGACGUCAUGGUGCGCUGCUUGCGUUUCCUCUCUCUUUUCUUAUUUACAUUUUUCGCGCGAAUUUAGCGUUGCUUCUUUUAAGGAAGAAUAGCAGGGUGUUCUGUCACAGAAGAAAAAAAUAAAUUUGCUAAACAGCCAGAAGUGGAUCUUUUAAAAUUCAUCAUAAAAGGCACUUGAGGGUUGUGGUCCAGGGCCUUUCUUUUCUUUGCAGAAAAUGCAGAGAACAAUAAAGUCAUUCUUCCAGCCCAAAGCUGGAUUAGAACAGAAAGAAGUAAAGGAAGAUGUUCGGAAACGGUCAUUAGAGGUUGCAGAAAGGGUUCCUGAAGACUUAAACAAAACUGGGACUUCUGAUCUGCACGAAGAGUGCUCUCCAAUAAAGGUGGUUUCUAAGAAGGCCUUACGAGUUAUUGAAAGUGAUUCCGAUGAGGGGGCAAUGGUGGAACUUAACAGGAAAAAUGAAGGAUCCCAGAGUGAUGCUGUUAAACAAACACCUCAGAAAAAAAAGGAAGGAGCACAUUUUGGAAGCACAAACUCUUCUGAAGAAAUGUCUCCCUGUACUAGACUAUCAACAAACAGUCCCUCAUGUUCUGAUUCUCCUGGAAUUUCUCCAUCUGGCAUACCAAAACGUAAAACAGCUCGUAAACAGAUACCAAAACGUAAAAGGGAAGACAUUGCUGAGGCAGAUGUGCUUGUAGAACAUUCAGAUAUUCAUUUGGCAGACAAGCGACCAAAAAAAGACAAUAGCCAUCCUCCUUCAAAAGAGCAGGAAAUCAAUGAAAUGAAUAUUAGAGUUGACUUGGUAAAGGAACAGUUUUUUAAUCCAGAAUCACCAGCAAGCACCACUGCAAAUUCAGAGGAUGAUUGUCAGCAGGAAUCAAAGCCCACACCUUUUCUGAGCAGUUCAGAAGCAAUGCCAUCGACAGAAAUGCACACAAAGGAAUGCCAUACAGAGGCAGCUAAUACUAUGUAUGCGAAAGAAAUUAAUGAGAAGGAUGACAACAUAUUUAAGCCCUUAGUAUCUGGGAAUCCAAAGCCAAUCAGCAGUUUUUUUGCUCCAAGGAAACCGAAGGUGGAAGAUGAAAUUGCUUUGGAAACGGCUAUUACCAACUCUAUACCUAGUCAUUCAACCAAGUCUGAAAAAUCAGUUGAUGGCAGCACAUUUGGACCAGAAACCCAGAAAGAACAGACAGAAUACAACCCAUCAAAAAGUUAUUAUCACAUUGUUACAGAUGCUUGUUGGAGUCAUGGACAAAAAGUUCCAUACCUAGCUGUUGCACGUACAUUUGAACGAAUAGAAGAUGAGUCUGCUCGGUUAAAGAACAUAGAGACACUUAGCAAUUUUCUUCGUUCUGUGAUUACCUUGUCUCCGGAGGAUUUCCUACCUUGCAUUUACCUUUCCCUCAACCGCCUGGGGCCUGCUUAUGAAGGGAUUGAGCUUGGCAUUGGAGAAACUAUUUUACUAAAAGCUGUUGCCCAAGCAACAGGGCGUCAACUAGAAAAGAUUAAGAAGGAAGCACAAGAGAAAGGAGACCUGGGUCUUGUUGCUGAAAGCAGUCGCAGUAACCAACGUAUAAUGUUUAAACCCCCAAACCUCACUGCUUCUGGUGUGUUUAACAGGCUGAAAGAGAUAGCAAAGAUGACUGGAAGUUCUUCUAUGAACAAGAAGAUUGAUAUAAUAAAAGGAUUAUUUGUAGCUUGCAGACACUCUGAAGCACGGUACAUUGCAAGAUCUCUGGGUGGUAAACUUCGCAUAGGUUUGGCAGAACAAUCAGUCCUAUCUGCUAUAGCUCAUGCAGUGUGUCUCACUCCUCCUAGCCAAGCAUUUCCACCUGCUGUGUUAGAUGCUGGUAAGGGAAUGAGCACAGAUGCCAGGAAAGCUUGGCUUGAGGAAAAUGUUGUGAUACUUAAGCAGACAUUCUGUGAAUUGCCAAACUAUGACGUAAUCCUUCCUGUACUGCUUGAGCACGGAAUUGAAAACCUUCCCAAAUAUUGUCGACUCACUCCAGGUGUUCCGUUGAAGCCGAUGUUGGCACAUCCCACAAAAGGCAUUGGGGAAGUACUUAAGCGAUUUGAUGAAGCUGCUUUUACCUGUGAAUACAAGUAUGAUGGCGAGCGUGCUCAGAUACAUAUUCUGGAGAAUGGUAAAGUAUGCAUAUACAGCAGAAACCAAGAAAAUAAUACAUCAAAAUAUCCAGACAUCAUCAGCAGGAUUCCCAAGGUAAAAAAAGAAGGCGUUAAAUCCUGUAUCCUUGAUACUGAGGCUGUAGCCUGGGACCCAGAGAAGAAACAGAUUCAACCUUUUCAAGUACUUACAACAAGGAAACGUAAAGAUGUUGAUGCUACAGAAAUCAAAGUUCAAGUAUGCGUGUAUGCAUUUGACUUGCUUUACCUUAAUGGAGAGUCUCUUGUCAAGGAACCAUUUGUUAAAAGACGGCAACUGUUGAGAGACUCAUUUUUGGAGACAGAAGGGGAAUUCAUGUUUGCUGUUUGCAUGGAUACAUCAAAUACAGAUGAAAUAUCAGAAUUUCUUGACCAGUCUAUUAAAGAUUCAUGUGAAGGACUGAUGGUGAAGACAUUGGAACAGGAUGCCACGUACGAAAUUGCAAAGCGCUCUCACAAUUGGUUAAAAUUGAAAAAAGAUUACCUAGAAGGUGUUGGGGAUACUCUGGAUCUUGUUGUAAUUGGUGCCUACCUAGGAAAAGGAAAGCGAACUGGCUUGUACGGAGGUUUUCUCCUUGCAUCAUAUGAUGAAGAAAGUGAGGAGUAUCAGACAAUCUGCAAGAUUGGGACAGGUUUUACAGAUGAAGAUUUAGAGAAGCAUUACAACUUUCUUAAGGAUCAUGUCAUUGAAAGUCCCCGUAGCUACUACCGCUGGGAUGGUUGCAUGCAGCCAGAUCAUUGGUUUCAUCCUGUGCAAGUCUGGGAGGUGAAGUGUGCUGAUCUUUCCGUUUCCCCUGUGCACAAGGCUGCACUUGGACUGGUUGAAAGUGAAAAAGGAAUCUCACUGCGAUUUCCUCGUUUUGUUCGUGUUCGAGAUGAUAAGAAGCCAGAAGAAGCAACAAACAGUUUACAGGUCGCUGAUCUGUAUAGGAAACAGCAACAAAUCCAAAAUACACUGUCUGCUGAAAAGGGAGAGGAAGACUUCUACUAGCUUCAACUAGUGAUGUACUUGGAAAUUGUGCAUACAUUUCUAUAUAGUUCAUUGAAAACUGUUUACACCAUUUCUCAUGCUUUUCACUAAAUGAAUAUUAUGUGAACCUGUAAAUAAAGGUUUGAUUUCCUACUAGAA